CUGCGGGGGCAGCCCCAGCCAUGGGCCGCCAGGGGAGCUCUUUAGACCUCAGCCCUGCCUGCAUCAAGGGCCCCAGCUCCGCCUCCAUUCCUGCCCUGCUUUUGACCACCGCUUCGUGAGAGACACCGGCAGGGAAGGGACAGAGCCAUCUUGGGAUGCGUGUGUGCAUGCGCGUUUGUGUGCGCACGUGUGUGUGUGUGUGUGUGUGUGGGUGUGUGUGUGUGUGUGUGUUAAAACACUGCCGUUUCCAAGCUUUGGCUACUGCUCUCUGGCUGGUGACUCUUGCUCAUGCCUCUCUCUCUCUCUCUCUCUCUCUCUCUCUCUCUCUCUCUCUCUCUCUUUCUCUCCCUCCCUGCAAAAAUUAAAUGGAUAAUUUCUAGCUGAUACCAAGCGGUGCCCACACACCCGUGUCCUUCAGUGUUGAUUGGAUCUCUCUCUCUCUCUCUCUCUCUCUCUCUCUCUCUCUCUCUCUCUCUCUCUCCUCUCCACUCUCCUCCCCUCCCUCUGGCCCCAGUUUGUAAUCUGACACAGUGCACUGCAGUGGCUGUCUCUGUCUCUCUCUUGGAGCCUUGGAGCCCGGGAGGCUGGGCACCGAGAACAUCCAAGGAUGAUGAACUAAAGGCCGCUGUGCAGAGAGAGCAUCACCUGAAGCCCCUGGAAAGGCCUUCCCUUGAGGGCCCGGCAGCAUGACCAGGUGAAGGCUGAACAUGCCUGGCUCUCCGUGGUGACCUGAGAGGAGAGUUCGAUUCACUGUGCGGGAGAAACGCCAGCUCCAAGCCAAACUGGAGAACUUGGAACAGGUCCUGAAGCAUAUGCGAGAGGCUGCUGAGCGGCGGCAACAGCUGGAGUUGGAGCAUGAGCAAGCCCUGGCCUUCCUCAAUGCCAAGCAGCAGGAGAUCCAGCUACUGCAGCAGGCUCAGGUUGAAGCUAAGAAAGAGCAUGAAGGUGCUGUGCAGCUGUUAGAGAACACCCUGGACUGCAUGCAGUCCAAGGUCCGAGAGCUGGAAGAGAAAUGCCGUGUGCAGAGUGAGCAGUUUAACUUGUUGUCCCGGGACCUGGAAAAGUUCCGGCAACACACUGGGAGUAUUGACCUGCUGGGCAGCAGCUCAGUGGCCCUGCUGGAUGUUCCCUUGGCCCCUGGCAAGCCUUUCCCUCAGUACAUGAAUGGACUAGCCACCUCCAUCCACAAAGGUCACGAGGGCCCCACUGGACACUACUCUGUGAUUGGUGACUAUAUUCCGCUGUCUGGGGACAAGCUGGAGUCUCCGUGUGUGAAGCCCUCCUUCCUCUUGCGAUCCAGCAGCCCAAGAUGCAGAUUUGAGUCCGAGAUGGACAAUGACCGGAACUCUAACAACUCCAAGCAAAGCAGCUCGGGGAAGGUGCACCUGUGUGUGGCCCGCUACAGUUACAACCCCUUCGAUGGGCCCAAUGAGAACCCAGAAGCUGAGCUGCCUCUCACGGCGGGAAAGUACCUCUAUGUCUAUGGGGACAUGGAUGAAGAUGGGUUCUAUGAAGGAGAGCUUCUGGAUGGGCAAAGGGGCUUGGUGCCCUCCAACUUUGUGGAUUUUAUCCAGGACAAUGAGUCGCGGCUGGCUGGUACUCUGGGGAGUGAGCAGGACCAGAACUUUCUCAACCACUCUGGCAUCAGUCUGGAGCGCGACAGCAUCCUUCACCUUCACUCCCCAACUCAAGUGGACUCGGGGAUCACCGACAAUGGUGGGGGGACCCUGGACGUGAACAUCGACGACAUCGGAGAAGACACCGUGCCUUACCCUAGGAAAAUCACCCUUAUCAAACAGCUUGCCAAAAGUGUCAUCGUGGGCUGGGAGCCCCCUGCUGUGCCUCCCGGCUGGGGCACCGUGAGCAGUUAUAAUGUGCUGGUGGACAAAGAGACACGCAUGAGCCUUGCCCUGGGUAGGAGAACUAAGGCGCUGAUCGAGAAACUUAACACAGCUGCCUGCACCUACCGCAUCUCCGUGCAGUGCGUCACGAGCCGGGGAAACUCAGACGAGCUGCAGUGCACUCUGCUGGUGGGCAAGGAUGUGGUGGUGGCACCGUCCCAGCUGCGUGUGGACAACAUCACACAGAUCUCUGCCCAGCUCUCGUGGCUGCCGACCAACAGUAACUACAGCCAUAUCAUCUUCCUCAACGAAGAAGAACUGGACAUCGUGAAGGCAGCCAGGUACAAGUACCAAUUCUUCAACCUCAGGCCUAAUAUGGCCUACAAGGUGAAGGUCUUGGCCCAGCCACACCAGAUGCCCUGGCAGCUGCCGCUGGAGCAGAGAGAAAAGAAGGAGGCCUGUGUGGAGUUCUCCACGCUGCCUGCAGGACCUCCAGCCCCACCACAAGAUGUCACUGUCCACGCUGGGGCCACAGCCGCCUCUGUUCAGGUCUCCUGGAAGCCCCCUGCACUGACUCCCACUGGGUUGUCCAAUGGAGCAAAUGUCACAGGAUACGGCGUGUACGCCAAAGGGCAGAGGGUGGCUGAGGUCAUCGCCCCCACGGCAGAUGGCACGGCAGUGGAGCUGAUCCGGCUGCGAAGCCUAGAGGCCAAGGCCGUGAGUGUGCGUACCCUGUCUGUACAGGGAGAGUCCAUGGAUUCUGCCCUCGCUGCCAUCCCCCCUGACCUCCUGGUGCCUCCAGCCCCCCACCCGAGGACUGCUCCCCCACCAAAGCCAUUAGCAAGUGACAUGGAUACCAAAGACCAACACCUGGGGCCCCACGUCAAAGUGGAUGAGUCCUGGGAGCAGAGCCGGUCACCGGGCCCUGCACAUGGCCACAUGUUGGAACCACCUGACAUGCACAGCGCUGGCCCAGGCAGAAGGUCACCCUCGCCCAGCCGGAUCCUUCCUCAGCCACAAGGAGCCCCCGUGUCUACCACUGUCGCCAAGGCCAUGGCCCGUGAAGCUGCACAGAGGGUGGCUGAGAGCAACAGGUUAGAGAAAAGGAGCCUCUUUCUAGAGCAAAGCAGUGCGGGGCAAUAUACCAACUCGGACGAGGAGGACGGCUACGCCUCCCCCGAGGUCAAGAGGAGAGGCACCUCAGUGGAUGACUUCCUCAAAGGGUCAGAGCUGGGCAAGCAGCCCCACUGUUGCCAUGGAGAUGAGUACCACACAGAGAGCAGCCGGGGGUCAGACCUGUCGGACAUCAUGGAGGAGGAUGAGGAGGAGCUAUACUCAGAGAUGCAGCUGGAGGAUGGGGGCCGCCGUCGGCCCAGCGGUACCUCUCACAACGCCCUCAAGGAAUGCCAUAAGGCUAGGAGCUUGGAAGGCGCUUUCCUGGAGCAGCCCGAGUUCCCCCAACAGCCCCACCGCAGUAAGAGACUGUUCAGUAUCCCCGAGGUAGCUGAGGAGGACGCGGAGCUUGGCCAGCCGUUGCUCAGGCAGGGCAUGGGGUCCUCCAGAGCCAGGGCCUUGUUGGCCAUGGAGCGUGGGCCAGCGCGGUCCUGUUGGGGACAUCCGGUCCUACAGGGAUCCUGGCUCCCUGCAGAGCACAGGGGCCCAGGCAUCCAUAUGGAGGAUAUCUUUCUGGAAGACAGAGGCUGUCGGUUCAGCCGCUCGGCCACCAGGAGCCCGGACAGUGGUUUGGACUGUGGCAGUGAGGAGGAAGAGUCACGAUUUAGUUUCAGGAGCACCUCGGCUAAGUGCAGUCCAGGCCCUGGUCACUGUCCCUGUAGGAGAAGCCCGAGGCCCCUGCUGGCCCGGCGGAGGACGCUGACCCGACAGAGCAGCAUCGAAGAGGACUUUGGGGAGCAGGUGGACCCCAGUGACGUCAUCAGGAGCGAUGACACCCAGCCCAGCCCGGAGAGGCCCAUGCCCAGGAGGGAUGGCUGGGACGAGGCCAGCGACCACGAAGAUUUUCGGGGUGUCUGGAGGAAAAGCCCAGCCAUGCCCGACAGUAGGGCGGCUGAGCGGCUCACACAGCCUCCUCCCCGAGUGGCAGACGGCCCUUUGAUUUUAGGAAACUCCACGUUGAUGGGACGAGCAGACCGGAUGGAACACGUGAGCCGAAGGUAUUCACACAGUGGCGGAGGGUCUCAUAGGCACCGCCCAGCGAUGGCUCCAUCCAUUGAUGAAUACACCGGGCGAGACCAUCUUUCUCCAGACUUCUAUGAUGAGUCCGAAACUGACCCUGGUGCUGAGGAGCUCCCAGCCCGUAUCUUUGUGGCUCUGUUUGACUAUGACCCACUGACCAUGUCCCCAAACCCAGACGCUGCUGAAGAGGAGCUUCCCUUCAAAGAAGGACAGAUCAUCAAGGUAUAUGGAGACAAAGACGCAGAUGGCUUCUACCGUGGGGAGACCUGUGCCAGGCUCGGCCUCAUUCCCUGUAACAUGGUCUCUGAGAUCCAUGCGGAUGAUGAGGAGAUGAUGGAUCAGCUGCUGAGGCAAGGCUUCCUCCCUCUGAACACGCCUGUGGAGAAAAUAGAGAGAAGUAGAAGAAGCGGCCGGGGUCACUCUGUACCCACACGAAGAAUGGUGGCUCUCUACGACUAUGAUCCUAGGGAAAGCUCUCCUAACGUGGAUGUUGAGGCUGAACUUCCAUUUUGCACAGGAGACAUUAUUACUGUUUUUGGUGAAAUCGAUGAAGAUGGAUUUUAUUAUGGAGAGCUGAAUGGGCAAAAAGGCCUCGUGCCUUCCAAUUUCCUGGAAGAAGUGCCUGAUGAUGUGGAGGUCCACCUUUCUGAUGCUCCGCCCCACUACUCCCACGACCCGCCCAUGCGCUCCAAGGCCAAAAGGAAGAAGAGUGUUCAUUUCACACCCUAAUCAGGCAUGUAGCCGUCACGUAAGUGAGCAACCGAAGACACCUUAGAGAGAUACCGACUUAAGCUACCCUAAGCGGACAGCACGGUAGUCUUAAGACGUCAAUGUGGGCUUAAAGAAAGAGAGAGAAAAGAAAUAUGUCUCAAAACAAACAAACAAAAAAAUCAUUGGACCUAAAGUAUUAGGCUAUCUCACCUGGUUUCAGUUGCCUGGCAACUAGAUUCAUAGUGAAAUGAAUCGUCUCGAACAAUUUUUUUUUUAAAUGUGUCCGUUGAGAAUACGGGAAAGGCCAACCUUGGGAACAUAUUUCUUAAAGCUGUUUGUUUACACAAGAGUGCGCCAGCGUGUACUCACAAGGAGAGUUGCCUAUUGCAUUGUUAGCUACCCUCAGUCAAAAAGCACAACCGGAUCCAUGUGUUUACCGUAGCAGGGUUGACUCAUGGUGAGAGCCAAGACAAAACUUUAAUCCCAGAUCAAGCCCCAAGGGGUGGCCUUGGCUCUGGGCAUGCCAAAGCUGGUGGAAUACCCAGCUGCAGCCCCUUGGCCUUAGGAGCAGGUGUUCCCUCUCCUCAAAGCACAAUUGUCCCGAGCUCAUGGAGGUACGCAUGUACCUACGAGGUGCUGGCAUACUAAUGCAAUAGUAUCUCCGGAUGCGGCAGCUCCCAUGACUGCGCUAGCUGGCCCCAUGGUAUCUUCAGGUGUGCUUUGGGUGCGCCCUAGGUGUUCUCCAUUAGAGUUAGACCUUGAUUUUCAAUCCAAGCAAGCUUGGGGGCCCCUUGCCUUGUAUUGUGUGCCCGCUGAGUGCCCUGGUCUCACUCGCCAAGUUUUGCUCUGGGGAGAUUACUGAACCAGAAGCCUGGCGAUCCCUGGCCACGCCCAGGCGUGUGCCUAGCUGCAGAAUGAAGUGAAAUUGGCACACAGUGUUCCUGAAUCAAAUUCCACCCCCUUGGAAGCACCGUUGGUCGGCCACCUAAAGUCUCUCAAAGCCCACCGUCUCUCUGUGCUGGGGAAAGUGCACACUCCUCCAUUGGGAAAUGGUGAGAGUCUUCAAGAAGGGCCUUUGAGCUUCCUUAGAUUACAAUUAAGGUUCAUUUCCGUUUUUUUUUCUUUCAAACAGUGUGCCAUCCCCAAAGUUUCUGUAGGACUCUAACUGACCCAAGGGCUUACUCCACCAUGGCAGGGCCUUAUCGACCCCACCUAGUUCAUGAUCCAUCCAAAUUCCCACUGAGAGCUUUUUUGAUUUACAAUGAUUGAUGGGUAUCUCGGCCACCUUGCCUAUCCAUCUGAUUGACAAUAACCCCUCCCCUGCUUUUAGUCUGAAUUUCCAGAGUAAAUUAUGACCUGGCUUUCUUUGCCAAAGCGAUGGCCACCCCGUCUCCCAAGACAAAGACGGCGAAAGCCCAUGGAGGGCCAGCCCCUCUCUCUCAGAGGGGCCUUGGGAGAGGGUGUGUGCUUCUCAUGGCAUACUUUAAAAAUUGAAAGAAGAAACGAACCACCACCCAACCUACCCUUUCCCCUGGCUGGCGGGAGUCCGGGGCAGUGUUACCCAGUGAAUUGUUGUUGGCGCUGACGCACUCAAUAAAACUGUCGCAAUGUACCUACUAGGUUCCUCCCGAGGGUUCAGGGACAGCAAGGAGAGCUCCAUCCCCCACAGCCCAUCUCCAUUCGGGGUCACCUACGUCAUCUAUGGGUUCUGGUAGUCCUGGGAGAGGCAGGGAAAUGUCCUCGAAAAAGAAAAAAGGGCUGCUCUCCAGAGGCAAGAAAUUGCUGCAAAGGCUGGCCGCAGUGAAGUGACCCCUGAGCCUCCGGACACUUCCAAAUCCAUGUCACUGGCUUUAAUUCCAAACGAGGACUCCCAAAACCCAACCUUGACCCCCACCCCCCACCCCAGCAGUAGAGAGCUACACUCUUACACUACCAUUCACAUGAUACCACUGGAGAGAUCAGGGAAGGGGCUGCACCGUGGUCCCCUCCCCCUCCGCUCCCAAGGUUCUGUCCAAGGUCUGGGGUGGGGAGGUGGGUGGGGGGCAGCUGGCUGAGCAGCAGAAGGGGCAGGGGGAGGGCUCUCUGCAGCCACCUCCCCUCCACCUGCAGUUCCAGCCUGCACGCAUUAGAGUGUAGCCCUGACAGGCUUUCUGACCUCUCCCCCUCUCCCCCCCCCCCCACCUCUCAAGACGUUUGCCUCAUUACACAUUAUUGUCAUUUUCACGCGGCUCUUGAGAUUCCUAGUUUAACUCGCCUUGAUGUUCUGGCCUUAUAACUGCACAGUGGUUUGUACUGUCGAAUAAAAAACACCGUGUAUACUUCGCAUGUGUUGUGCAUUCCUGGUCUUCAUCCUCACUUGACACAGUGGCUUCACCUCACAGUGGCCCAGGCCCUACACUUUCAGAUGCCUGUCUUGGGUCUUUCAACGCAAGCCAGCAACACACAGGACAUGUUUACUUAGCCCACCACACGAGAGACAGGGGAAAGGAGCGGGAGCAACUGGGCAGCAUGCAUGUCCUCUAGCCAGCCAGGGAGCUGACCAAUCUUUGCCUUUAGUGUCCUAUCCUGUGGCUUUUAGCUUUCUGUUCCUUUCAUUAUUUGUUGAAAUGCCUUGCCCCGAGACACCAUCCACAGCACACAUAGCAAAGCCACCACACGCUUCAUUAGCCAGACCAGAAGGAGCCUAAAUUGAAAUCUCUCAGACACCCCACACCCAUCUUUAUCAUUAGCCUCGAACAGCAAACCUCCCCAGACGCUGGCUGAUGGGAUGGCCACAACUUUGUAAUUCCUGUCCACUGUAAACUGUUUUUACUUCUUUAUACAUACUUUUCAGACUGCCUUUCUUUUGUAAUUUCUGGAAGGUUUGUAAAUGAAUGGCAAAGCUUUCCCUGUGCGUCUUCAGAAACUAUAUUGUACAUUGUAAUAUAAUUGUAUGUGGUAGAUUGAUUAAAAGGUCGUUCCUCGGUGUGUGAAGUACUGUGCGGGUGUGUGCAUGUGUACAGCUAGGGUGACAUAUUUUCUAGAAAUAAACUUUGUUAUUUUGUACAACA